AGAGAGGCUGUGGUCAUGUGGGAAGCAAACAAAAGAUGACAUUGAUUUGAGAGGGCAUCCUUCUCUUUAAAGGGCAGCAGCCGCGCUCAAAGCAAUGGAAAUAUAUAACAAAUACCAGAGAAAAAAAGCCUUUGGAGGAAAAAAAGAAAAACGAAAGAAAAAAAAAAAAGAUAAAGAAAUAUACUAAACUGCAAAGCUGCAGCAAUGGUUUCUCGAGAGCACAAGAAAGAUGCGCUUCACGAUAAGCUGCAAAUUCUUCGUUCCAUCACUCACUCUCAUGCCAUUAAUGAUACAUCAAUCGUUCUCGACGCAUCAAACUAUAUCAAAGAGUUGAAACACAAAGUGGAAAUAUUGAAUGAAGAAAUAGCAACUACAGAGAGUUCAACCACUCAGAAUAUGUGGCCUAGAGUAUCUGUCGAAACCCUAGAAAAGGGUUUCUUAGUAAAUGUACAUUCUGGAAGAAGCUGCCCGGGGCUGCUCGUAUCGAUACUGGCUACAUUUGAAGAGUUGGGGCUUAAUGUUCUUGAAGCUAGGGUUUCCUGUGGAGACAACUUCCAUUUGCAAGCUCUUGGAGGAGAUAAUGAGGAAGACGAGGAGAGCAUGGAUGCACAGACGGUGAAACGAACAAUAACAAAUGCCAUCAAGAAUUGGAGUGGAAGUAUUGAGUAAUCAAGAAUGUUUAAGCUAAUAUAUAUAUAUAUAUAAAUAUAUGUUUAUUGUCCAAUUUCAUGUUAAAAAAGAAAUCACCGGAUUUAUCGUUUCCGGUUAUGGGUAGAUUGGGAAGCCAAAGUUUGAUGAAUGUGGGAUCUGAAAGAAACAAGUGAUCAAAGAUCGCUUUGUAAAUUUUGGUGCAAAUUAAUCGCAAUUCCCCAGAAAAA